GUAAUACACAAGACCAUCAUUCUUUACGCGCGUGCUUCAAACAAGAUGGCGGCCGCCGGGAGGGAAGAAACACUAUUAUCAGAUCACAAUUUUACCGACAUCCAGAAGACAACUAGCGCCCAGGACGGGUCAGCCGGAGUAGAGCACGACCUUGAUUCUCUCACGAAAAAACUAUCUUCUCUCAACAUUCCCAAAGGCCCACAGUAUGACUGGGUUGACAUCACUGAUAAGUUUCUUCAUGCAAGCUCUGAAUUGAGGCAUGGUGAACUGGUGCAUGACAAUACGUUUGGACUGUUUGAAGCGAUGUCUGCCAUAGAGAUGAUGGAUCCUAAAAUGGAUGCCGGUAUGCUUUGCAACAAGACAAGAACCAUUCUGCAGCUGGAGCAGGCAAUCCAGGCUGGAACGAUUAAAAUCAAAGGCUUCACACCGGAUGAACUACUCGGAGUGAUGGAUGAGCUGAUGGCUUGUGUGGUGACAUGGCUAGAUGGCCACUCCCUUGUUCAAACUGUCUUCAUCUGCCUCUACAUGCACAACCCAUUUAUUAUAGAAGACCCUUGUCUAAAGGCAUAUUGUGUAGCUGUAUUGAAGUGCUGUGAAUUUAUCAGACUUGCUAUUAACAAAGCCCAAGUAUUUGAAGAGGAGGAUUUCCAGUCUAUGACAUAUGGUUUUAAAAUGGGAAACCAAGUAUCUGAAACACGAGCUGCUGGCAUGAUCAAGGAAGCUGAGGAAGAGAUUGCUAGAAAAAUCAAGCAACUCAGAACUUAUCAAGGAAGUGGAGAGGAGGUAGCCUCUGCGUCGUUACAGCUGGAGGUGAAAAAGUAUGAGGCGAUCCUAGCAAGACUAAAGUUCCUGAAAGCCUUCUACUGUUCUGUUGUUGCUCUGGACAAGCCUGAGUGUAGCGGAGUUCCCACUGCAAGGCAACUUCUGAGUACCUCUCUCACACUUGUGGAUCCAAUCAUCAAAACUAUACCACUUGGUACACAAGGGAAUGUAGAUAAAGGGGAGAUGAUGGGUUUUGAGCCACUAGUAAACCAGAGGCUGCUUCCGCCAUCUUUUCCUCGAUACGUGGUCAUGUUUGGCCGAGAACAGGCCAUGGAAUACUUCCGUACCGUUGUCGAGAGACUGAUUCAUGUGUGCAGCAUAGUGGAGAGUUCACCUCUACAUCUAAUAAUCGACUUUGUGCAGGAGUUCAGUAAAACUCACCCUUGCGUGCUUACUCGCUCUAGCUUACAGCUUAUUAUCUGGCAGAACAAUAAACUGUUCGGGAAAAUUCCUGCCGCCGAUGUGAUACGUGAUGCCAUCAAAGCUUUCAAUAGCCCGCCUUCUAUUGCAGAAAAAUCUUCUUUGGGUAACAAUACAAAAGCGAAAGAGCUUUCAGAUGCCUUUAUUAACAGAGCUGUUAGAACUGUGAAAUCUGUGAUACACACGAUUGGACACAACCGGGCACGUCAGCGAGACAAGCUGGGACAUUUGCUAGAAGAGUUCGCAGGCUUACAGGACGAGGCAGAUAAAACUGAUGCCGAGCUUCACACGCUGCUGACAAAAUACGAGCCUCAGCGUCAACAUUUCGCGUGUUUUGGUUCCUGGGUGUUGUACCACACUUUGAGCACAAUGGUGCAUUAUCUGGUAUCUGGGUUUGAGCUGGAACUGUACAGCCCGCAUGAAUACCACUGCAUCUAUUGGUACCUGGACUAUUUGUUUGGUUGGCACAUGAACUGUUUGACGCGAGCGGAGAAGCUCUUACAGGCACAAGAGGCUGCAAUUGAACAAAAAAGCGGGAAAAGUGGGAAGAAGAACAAAAGGAAAAAGAAAGCGAGUGAAAAGGCGAUUCAAGAACACCAAGGAUUAAGGCACCUUUACCAGGGCAUGAGACAUCUGUGCCAAGGGUAUUUAAGGGCAUUGGAGGCCUUUGAAUUGGAAGGGAAGAUGAAGAGGCCAAACUUCGAGUUUGGAUCAGAACAGAUUCGGUUUGAGCGCCGCUUCAUGCCAUUCCAAGUGGUGGACACCCCCCAAGCUAUGUACUACGCUCACUACCGUGACUACACUGAAAUGUCUCGUUCGAGCGAAGCAAAACCACGAGAGCUUUACCUACUGGCGGCAAAUGCCUUCUACCAGGCCAAGAGUAUAUUCGAGCCAGUCGUCAACCCCACUGCGGAGGUUAACCUGUUGCUGAAAGUAUCUAAAACCAACCUUGUUGUGAGCAAGCUGGCCGCCGGUGGACACAAACAAGGCUCAGCGAAUGCUCCAGUAUUCGAAUUUGGGACACAUCAGGCAUUCCCAAUCUUGAAGAUCACUUGAUAGUGUUACACCAUUUUAGUUGUAAUCAAAAGGAAAGACAACAGAGAAAGGAUAUUUGGAAGUCGCAAGGGCUAAAUCCCAUCUGUAGUAGGCCUCAAAGCAACACAGAAGAAUGAAAAAAAAAUAAUGAGGCAAACUGAGCUAUCAGUUUAUUAAACCCUUGAGAAGAAAGACAAUGUACAAUACUGCAUAAUUAUUGUAUGUGGAUACACAGUAUAUUAAAAUGUACAAUAUA